AACAAAAACCUACUGAAACCGCAAAAACCCAAAGGGCAAAGGGAGAGAAAAGAAAGAGAACAGAAGUUCCGGCUGCUGAUACACUCGUGCCUUUCACGUGUUAGAUGCGUUAUCAGUUUCCCCAAAUCAUCAUAGUCUCCAACGAAAACCCUAGUGAUCCAAUUCAUCUGAAACCCUAAAUUGGAUGGGUAUGCCUAGGGAUUCCUCCUCCAAUGAUCACCCUCCUCACGGCGGCUCUGGGUCCUCUGGAGACGCCGUUAACAGCCCUCAGUGCAGGUGGAGAAAUAAUCUAUCGUCUCCGUGGGCUCGAGUCGUUCAAGGACAGGCGGAAUCAACCUCGCCCGUACAACAUUCUCCGUCUCCGCCGCGAUCGCCAUCAAUAAAUUCUGCGGCACCGGAGCAAUCAUUUUUUUCAGAGAAGGUGAUGUCAUCAUCAUCAUCAUCGCCACCACCGCCGGUGGAUAAUGCAGAGGGUGCCAAUGUUAACAACAAUGUCUCACUGCCAAAGAAGCCGGCUUGGAACAAGCCGUCAAACGGGGUCUUGGAGAAUGAGCCAGUUAUGGGAGCUGAAUCGUGGCCCGCUUUAUCGGAAUCUGCUAGGGCUCCGCCAAAAUCAUCUUCAGUUGAAGCUCUUUGGAAGUCGCCUUGUGAUGGAUCAGUCACCAGUUCCGAGGGACCUGUAAUCCCACAUUCACCUCAAAAGCAAACGGCUAGCAGUGCAAAAUCUAAUUCAGCACCAAAUCAUACAAUGCCAGCUCGACAAAGAUCCAUGAAGCGUGGCAGUGGCGGCGGUGGUGGCAGCAGCAUGUCAGGGGGUGGACCUCCACAGAGCACCUUUGCUCAUCCUCCUGCGCCUCCUCCACCGCCUCCGCAUCCUUUUCCACUACCCUCUCAUAUGAUACCAGCAGCACCGGAUCAAUCUUCUAUGGAGCACUCUUACAGGGGAAGUAACUGGGAAAUGAGACCUGUUGGCAGUUUUGUGCCUCAGCCACAUGUGGUGAACGACCACAGGAACUACUCUCGUAGGGGCAACUUUGGGCCACGGGGAGAUGGACCCUUGCAUAAUAACUAUGGGGGUAGACGUCAGGACAGAGGGAAUAUGAAUGCUGGAGAUGUUCACGUUCAGUCGCAAAGAGGUCAGGCCAGACCACUUGUUAGACCUCCAACUAGUGCUCCCCCAUUUGUUCUUCCACAGAACAUGAGACCCUUUCCAAACCAUGUGGGCAUUCCAGAUGUAUUAUAUUUUCCUACAAUGCCUAUGGAGCCCUUCAGGGGUAUGGGGCCAUAUGUCUCUCAUGGACCGUAUCCUGCAAUGUACAUGCCAGUACCAGAUCCUCCUUUACCUUUCAAGAUAGUCACACAGAUUGAUUACUAUUUCAGUGAUGUUAACUUGGAAGGAGAUGACUUCUUAAAGUCCAAUAUGGAUGAUCAAGGCUGGGUUCCCAUAGGCUUAAUAGCGAGCUUUCCUCGUGUAAAGAAUCUGACAAACAAUAUUCAGUUUAUAUUAGAUUCCUUGCGGGGUUCAGCUAUUGUGGAAGUGCAGGAUGACAAAUUGAGGAGGCGCAACAAUUGGAUGAAAUAUUUGCCUAAUUCUAGUCGGCUUGGCACGAGUUCGACAUCUCCACCUGCCACUGGACCAAAUCAGGAAAUAGUUGCAACUUCUCUCGAAAAGCUUAAUUUGUCGCAAGAAGCUUCUGACAGCAAUAAUGAGCCAGGUGAGACAACCCCUCACUCUGGGGAUGCUGCUGGAAGACUUUCGCCGAGGUUGACUGGUCAGUCCAUGCUCUCCGGUGGGAAUGUCACUGAAGACGUGAAUUCAGGCCAGAACUAGUUUAUGUCACUGCUAAAUCUGUGCGCACAUUAUGGAGACAUUAUCCUUUCUGAAGGCGGGGGAGUGAUGCUCGCUAUUUAAGAUGAGGACCGCCUUUUCUUUUAUUUUCUUCAUCCAGUGUGCCUGUUUUGGUAGCAAUACGGCGAGGCACAUAGAGGGAAACAGAAUAAGGAGAGCUAAUAUAUCAAUUUUAUCAAGAGAUAAAAGAAGAAAGAGACAAAGAAGAGCUUAAGGUUGUUGACUCGGGUGAAUUAUAAGGUUUCUGAUUGUAUAGCUUUUAUUUUGUUUUGGAUUUUCUUGUGUCUCUUCUCUCUUAUUUGAUAUUCUUUUGGUGGGAUGGGAAAAUAACAUUGAAGAUGACGAAAUUGGGCGUGUAAUCCUUGCAACUAAGCAAUGUUUUGUUAUUUAUCCGGGUUCCAACCUUCACCCUAAAAAUACAUCCUUUCCAUUCUUUUAAA